AUGUCGCUCGAGAACCUUCUUCCGCUUGAACUCAUCGACAAAUGCGUGGGUUCGCAGAUUUGGGUCAUCAUGAACGGUGGGAAAGAAUUCACGGGGAAGCUGGUUGGUUUCGAUGACUACGUUAACAUGGUCUUGGAGAACGUAACGGAGAUUGACCCGGUAGAGGGAAGCGUCCAGCUGCCCAAAAUCUUAUUGAACGGCAACAACAUCUGCAUGAUGGUGCCCGGAGGAGAUGGGCAGACUGUACUGGAGGACGAGUAG